AUGGACAAGCGAUCCGAUCCCAAGUCAUUCAGCCUUCAAGUUUGGGAGAAACUGACGAAAUGUGCGUACGAUCCGGGAAAAUACUUCCUACCCGCGACUUCGCUCGACGAAGUCGUUCAGCGCGAGACUGUGGAGCACAUGCUGAAGGGACUCUAUUCUGAUUCACACGGGGAGCAUUCCCGAUCCGAGGGCAUGCAAGCUCAUAAUAACGCCUUCCCGGCGGAUUCUGUUGCGUCACUCAUGCAAUAUGUGUUUGGUGCGCGGAGUGCUGAGCACCAACCAUCUCGCAAACCCGCUCGAAAGAUCUUGGCCAUUCUGGCUCUCAUGGAUAAAGUAACCUCAUUGAUUGACUUCAUGAACGCUGGAAUCUACGAUGAGCAUUUGCCUCUGAUGAGAGACAACGAGGAGGGCGCCACUUUUGACCUGGUGCGAAUGAUUGAUGGCAAGAAAACCAGCCCGACGUGUUUCAAGGGUUGGCCGCAGAAAGACAUUCGGGAUUUUGACAAUUAUCAAUGGUAUAUGGUACCACCGUCCUUCAUGAUGAGAGAUGAGCAGGCUGCUUUCUAUGAAAUUGAAGACAGAGCCAUAUUCCCAUGGCUUGUGUACAGCCCUCCCAUCAGUGCCCCGGCAGGCUCUGUUGUCCGGAAAAAUGGCGCUUCAAAUCCGUGGUUUGCCCUGAAAGAGUUACAACGUCGACCUCAGUUUGAUUCCGAGGUGGCAGCCCUGCGGAAACUCAGGCCGAAUCGUCAUCUCGUCACCCUCCUCGCAUCUUAUGAGUAUCAAAGCCUGUAUUACCUUCUCUUCGAGUGGGCAACAGGAGGCAGUCUUCUUGACUUGUGGAACACACACCACCCGAGCGUUCCUGACCGCAGCUGGGUUCUCUGGUUCGCUGAGCAAUGUCUCGGACUGGCGGACGGGCUCCACGGAAUUCAUAAUACGCAGCCUAGGACAAGUUUGACAGCUUCGAAUGCGGGAGACGGCACGGAGGAUAAAAACUGCGGGCGGCAUGGUGAUAUCAAGUGUGCUAACGUCCUUUGGUUUAAACAGGAGCCAGGGGCCCAUGGACAUGGUGUCCUGAAAAUUGCCGACUUUGGGCUAUCGCGGUUUCACAGUCAACAGACAACCAAGGUCCCAGCACAAGGAGUCGCUGUAUCUCUAACGUUCAAGGCUCCAGAGCUUGAAACCAUGGACGAAAUUUCCCGUCCUUUUGAUAUCUGGUCACUGGGUUGUUUGUACUUGGACUUUAUCACGUGGCUGGUCCAAGGUUGGGAUGGAGUUGAUGCUUUUUCUCUGAAAAGAGCUGGCGAGAAGGACUCCCUACCCUAUCUUGGCCAAGAUAAGUUUUACAAUCUUUGGAGACCUGGGGGACCGGGAAGUCCUUCGGCGACUGUGAAACAAGCGGUGAAAGAGGUCAGUUGA